AUGAGUACAUUAAAUGAAACUUUUAAGGAAUUGGUGGAACCCAAAUGUUUUAAAAAGGAAGUCGGUGAAGAAUCGAAACUAGCACGUAGCAUUGAACGUGUCCGCGAUUUAAUACGAAAAAAACGUCUUGAACGUAAGGAACGCAAGGAGCGAAAAUAUGCAUCAAAGUUUCAGCAAAUUGUUAUAGAAGCCCAACAACAAGCCUCGACAUUGGCCAUCGAAAAGCCAACCCUGAUAUCAGAAACCAAGUUCCAUAGACUAAGUUAUCAGGAAUCUAUGAAUCGUCCAGUAUCGGGAUCUGACUUUGGUUACCAAAUUCCAUUAAAGGAUGGUUUACAGACAAUCGCUGAUGGCGUUGAAUAUGAAAAUGAUUUUCAGCAAGAGUUACAACAGCAUUUACAGCCAAUACACUUGCCACCGCAACAACAAUUGGAGCAGCAAUUCCAAUUUCAGCAACAACAAAUAAUUGUGCCAGCUUAUGAGGGCAAUAUUUCAAGCUCCUGCCAAUUAGACAAUAACAGUCAUAAUGACUAUAAUACACUAUAUCCUCAAGCAGAACGAAAAUUAUUACAUCAGGUGUCUUCCGGUUUUGGCACUCAACAUUAUGAUUCACGCGAUGAUCCCACAUAUACUGAAUCCAUAGAGUUACGGUUGAUGGGACAGUAUAACUCAACAGAUACAGAUCCUUACCCUAAUGAUCAUCGCAGUGGGUCUUUUGUCAGAGGAGAUUCAUUGCAAGAUAGUUCAUCACGUCGCUAUUAUAGCGAAGAGCAUGAUGAAGCUUAUCUGCAGUACCAAAAAUCUUUACUAACUAGAUCACCAAGUUAUCGCAAGUCUCUUGACCGUUUGUCUCAAUCAAGUGAUCAAUCACAACGGUCGCUAAUACCCUCGCGUAGUCUUAAGUCUGAUGAUGAUUUACAUUUGCAUGUACAUAGACAUUCGAGCGGUUUGUCGUUAAAUACAAUUUCUAUAGAGCACGAAGAACUUUUAUCCCAACAGGGCAACCUACGCGAUGAACUGCUAAAUUGUGAACAGAGAGAAUUAUUUCAGUUCCUUCAGGAAGAUAUAGACAAUAGUAAUAACUAUUUUAGUGACACUGUUGGUUAUGGCUCAGCAAUAUUAGAAGCUGAUACAGAUUCACUCAUUGUUGAUUGUAAAAAGGAGGAUAGAAAACCGUCAACUAGUAGCAUUAAAUCAAAUUUAAGUUACUUAUCCAACUCUCUUAUUCAACAGUUUGAAUCUCGUCGUAAUGGUAGUGUUCAUUCGGGCAAUGGUAAUGGUUAUGAACGAACUGAAAAAGUGCCAUUAGUAGAGCACUCUGAGUUUGACAAUAUAAUUCAAAGUUUUGAAAAGGAACUAGAAGAGAUCAAAAGGUCCACAACUUCUUUAGAGCGACGUCUUUCGACAUUGUCAGAACCUUCCCCAAUUGCUGAUGAAGCGAAUAAGGCCAUACUGGAUCACAUCGCAAUUAUAACUGGAUCUUCCGAACGUACAGCAGCAGAUGAAGUUGUUAAUUCAUUAAACCCUUAUGACAGUUACGAUAUAUCGACAGUACCUCGACGUCCUCAUCCUAUUCUGUCCAGUGUUGAUAGAAACUCAAUUAAAAUAAAGCGACGUAGCCUUGAAAAGCAACGUAAAAUUGAUGAUGAUUUUAGUAUAUCAAAUGAGAUACGUAAAAUCUGUGAUCAAAUGCAUGCACCUUUUGUGACAAUGGAAGCAAUGGCUGUAGCUGCUACAGCAACUGCUGCAAUUGGGACACAAUCGCCGUUUCAACGUCGAAAAAAUGAACUAUUCAGUGCUCAAUUCGAUCGUUUUAAAUGUCUUUCCUUAAUCGAACCUGUAGAAGAAGUACCUGAAGAAGAUAAACCAAUAUCAACGUUACGUAUGGAAUCUGAAAAACUGCCACGCAAAUACUUGACCAUUGAUGCACUAAAAACAGAUAGUCUUUCAUUGAAAAGCACAAACUCCUAUGAAAAUUUACUCAUACAAAAGCAAUUAAGUCGUGCAUCGCAAAAUGGAUCACUACCAUCAACUACGCAUGUACCGCCGACACCACCCGUUUCAUUAAAAUCUACAAUAGAACCACCAAGUUUAGUACAAAUAUCAUCGCUUAAAGCGACUCCCCCUCUUGCAUCUCUUACCGAACAUCAGCAACACUAUCAUGCUACCAAAAUUGAAACCACAACACCGAUCCUCCCAAGGGCUGCAGGCGGUAAUUUAAAUGUUAAAAAAAUCGCGGAGCAUCCACAAUCGAAACUAGACAAAGCCGCUUCCUUUCAAUCAACUCGCACCGAAUCUCAUAGCUCGGGUGCGGCCGACACAAGUUCGGCUCUGGCACACAAUAUCUCCAGCAACAGAAAUGGUGCUGGAACGGAGGCUAAUAAGUCGCAGAAAUCAACAUUUUCACGGCUGACUGAAAAGCCAUGGCAUUGUUUGGUCUCCUACGUAGACGAUCUCACUGUAGGUGGGAGACGUAACUCGCAGGGAGCAUACAAUGAUCCAAUGCAAUAUCCAAGUUUUGGUCACACUAAGCCGCCGAAAGUGCCAGAAGAUUGUUUCCCUCAGAAGUGUUACGAUCACUUUUACUUUCGCUGUCCAUGGUUCAUAUCUUGUAUGGGCACUAAGACUGCUGCGCGGUGGACACGCGUAAGGACGGCUGUCUUAACGGUUGUCGAUACUCCAGCCUUUGAGUGGUUUGUCUUGGUACUGAUCUUCGCAUCAAGCAUAACGCUCUGCUUUGAGGAUAUAUACUUAGACAGUAACAAGUCGCUGAAGCGCAUACUUUACUGGACAAAUUUGUCUUUUUGUCUAAUAUUCGUAAUUGAAAUGGUGCUAAAAUGGUUAGCUCUGGGGUUUUCGAAAUAUUUUACAAGUUUUUGGACAUUGCUGGACUUUAUCAUAGUUUUCGUAUCAGUGCUUUCGUUAUUAAUCGAAGAAAAUGAAAACCUCAAAGUAUUACGAUCUUUACGUACCCUAAGAGCUUUGCGCCCUCUAAGAGCAAUAUCGAGGUGGCAAGGAAUGCGAAUUGUAGUAAAUGCUCUCAUGUAUGCAAUACCGUCAAUUUUCAAUGUGCUUUUAGUUUGUUUAGUUUUUUGGUUAAUAUUUUCCAUAAUGGGUGUGCAAUUUUUUGGUGGUAAAUUUUUUAAAUGUCUCGACACUGAUGGUGAACUGCUGCCCAUAACGGAAGUUAAUGAUAAAUGGGAUUGCAUUAAGCGGAAUUACUCGUGGAUCAACUCGAAAAUCACUUUCGAUCAUGUUGGCAUGGGUUACUUGGCUUUGUUGCAGGUAGCGACUUUCGAGGGCUGGAUGGAGGUAAUGGCCGAUGCUGUGGAUGCCCGGGGUGUUGAUUUGCAGCCUCAACGGGAGGCAAAUUUAUAUGCCUACAUUUACUUUGUAAUUUUUAUAGUGUGUGGUUCAUUCUUCACAUUGAAUCUAUUUAUUGGAGUUAUCAUUGAUAACUUUAAUAUGCUAAAGAAAAAGUAUGAAGGAGGAGUGUUGGAAAUGUUUCUCACCGAAUCUCAAAAACACUAUUACACAGCGAUGAAAAAGUUGGGACGAAAAAAACCACAGAAAGUCAUUAAGCGACCCAUAAAUCAUUUUUUAGCUAUGUUUUAUGAUUUAUCAAAUUCGAGAAGAUUCGAAAUAGCUAUAUUUGUACUGAUUUUUUUAAAUAUGUUAACCAUGGGUAUCGAGCACUACAAUCAGCCGCAUGCGGUUUUUUUUAUACUCGAAGUAAGCAAUGCAUUUUUUACCACCGUCUUUGGUUUGGAGGCAAUUGUGAAAAUAAUUGGACUACGUUAUCAUUAUUUCACUGUGCCAUGGAAUGUGUUUGACUUUUUGCUUGUUUUGGCCUCCAUUUUUGGCAUACUAAUGGAAGACAUAAUGAUCGAUUUACCCAUAAGUCCCACUUUGCUACGCGUAGUCCGUGUGUUUCGCAUCGGUCGAAUACUGCGGUUGAUAAAAGCAGCCAAGGGUAUUCGAAAACUGCUCUUUGCGUUAGUAGUAUCACUGCCAGCAUUAUUUAACAUCGGUGCGUUAUUGGGGCUUAUUACAUUCAUAUAUGCAAUUCUGGGCAUGUCACUCUUUGGGCAUGUUAAACUCCAAGGCGCGCUUGAUGAUAUGGUUAAUUUUCAAACGUUUGGGCGAAGUAUGCAACUGUUAUUUCGUCUAAUGACAUCGGCUGGUUGGAAUGAUGUAUUAGAAUCCCUGAUGAUACAACCACCAGACUGCGACCCUCUCUACAAUAGACAGAUUAAUGGCGAUUGCGGCCAUCCGCUGCUGGCAAUUACUUAUUUUACCAGCUUCAUCAUAAUUAGUUAUAUGAUUGUUAUUAAUAUGUACAUCGCAAUUAUUUUGGAGAACUUUAAUCAGGCACAUCAAGAAGAAGAAAUCGGAAUAGUUGAAGAUGAUUUAGAAAUGUUCUAUAUAAGAUGGUCUAAAUAUGAUCCACAUGCUUCGCAAUUUAUACACUUUGGACAGCUCUCUGAUUUUAUUGCAUCUUUAGAUCCACCGCUUGGUAUACCAAAACCAAACUCAGUUGCAUUGGUAUCAUUCAAUUUAGCCAUUUCAAAGGGUAAUAGAAUUCACUGCCUUGAUAUAUUACACGCCUUAGUCAAGCAUGUGCUAGGACAUGUAGAAGAAACUGACAAUUUCAAGCAACUACAGGAACAAAUGGAUGUUAAAUUUAAGAAACAAUUUCCUACACGUAAAGAACUCGAGAUAGUGUCUUCUACACGCAUUUGGAAGCGUCAAGAAAAAGCGGCCAAAACUAUACAAACCGCUUGGAAAGAUUACUUAAGAAGGAAAAAGGAGAAAGAGCGUUCUAAUUCUGGAGAUAGUGUUACACAGACUUCUAGUCCGGGUGGAUGGCAAGCGAAACUGUCAGCACUUAACUUUUUUCAUCUACAGGUCAGUCGUCGCGGUACUCAGUGUUCUAGUCGGGCCUCCUCACGUAAAUCGUCUCGAGCAUCUGAUGCCUCUGACAUAAGUGAACUUGCUGGUCCAUGGUUAAAUCUACCCUUAAUGCUUGUAUCUGGUGCUGAUGACGUUGUCAAAGAUAUCAAGCAACAGAGUGAAGAGCUUGGCAAGCGAUAUUUAUCAUUGGAAUAUCAAAAGAUUUAA